GUUUUGGUAGUGAAGAGUUUGCAUUGAAACCAAAUAAUUCCAUUGUAUUAAAAGUUCCAGAAAAUUUACCACAAGAUUCGGUUAUUGUUGUUUCAUUUAAAAAUCCACCUUCAAAUUACGAACCAAAUUUCAUAGCCAAAAUGCAAAGUUAUCAAGACAAUAAAAUUUUAUUUAAUGUGCGCUGCCUUAAUUAUGAGUCUUCUGACAGUAAUGAAGAUAGUGAAGAUUACAGUGAUGAAAAUAAUGAAGAUUACGAUGAUGAAAAUAGUGAAAGUUACAGCGAAGAAAAUAAUGAAAAUUCAAAAUUUUUUAAUACUAAAAUGAAUGAAAAUAUGGAAUCUUCAGGUUUUUCAGAAGAUGGCGUUAAUGAAGAAGGUUCUAAUAGCAAAUAUAUUGAUGUAAAUGACAAGAAAUCUGCUAGUAAGGAUGCUUUAGCAGUUAGUGAAAAUAUUAAUAACGAUAAGCACAAUUAUGUCGAAGAUAACCUUGUUACCAAUAAAUCCGAAGAGCAUCUUGAACGCAACUAUGUAGAAGACAGCAACUUUAUUGAUGAUAGAUAUGAAGAUUUUGAUAGUAAUGAUAUAGAAAUUGCUGAUUUUGGAUAUGAAGAGAGACCUUCUGAAAAAAGCCCAAAAUAUUUAAUCCAAUGGUUUAUCCUCCAAAAUUCUGAUACAACUAAUUCAUUUGAAACAAUGCAUUAUUUGAACAAAAUAGGACAAGAAGUUCACUUAAAAACUAAAUCAAGAUUACCUUAUUCAAUCAAGACAACUUCAAAAAAUCAACUUAAUAAUCGAUAUAAACGUAUAGAAGAAGACAGGAGGGAUUU